AUGUCAACAGCUGACCCGGCAGAGCAACCUCAUGCUCUGCAGCCGCCUGCGAAGCCCAAGAAGCCUCUCUCAUGCAUCUCAUGCAAGGUCCGAAAACUGAAAUGUGACCACCAGAGACCGGCUUGCUCUCGAUGCGUGCGAAUCGAGGGCGAGUGCAUCUACCCAGAGGCUAGACGCAAGCCGACUCUCCAGCGAAGUAACGUCAAGGAACUAGAGGCUAGGCUAGCCCAAGUAGAAGGAUAUCUCAAGCAGGCUGGCCAAAGCAGCCUCGACACUGGCAAAAGCAAUCUUCAUGUUAACCCAGACAGCGAAGAUGUCAGCAAAGAUCAACACAGUGACGCUGAAACAGUUGGAGAUGAUGGUGAUACCGACAUUGAUGAGCAGACUACUCCUGCUGAUGACUUCUUGGCCCAGAAUGACCCAUUUGGUCGGGGCGAGACCGCUGACAGAACGACGCAAGAAUCACAGCUGCCAUAUGAAACGCCGGGCAUUGACGACCAAACUAGCAGUACUUUUAGUAAUCGCCAACUGGUAGAUCUGGGCAUGUCAGAGUCUAUACCGCCGUUUGAAGUAAUAGAAGAGCUGCACAACUCUUUCUUUUCCACACAAUAUCACUACAUGCCGGCAAUACACUCUGGUAGAUAUUACAACGACUUUUAUGGUGCUCCUCUAAGAAAACCGCCAAUGUGCCUGCAAUAUGCCAUUUGGGCAAUGGGCGCUUUAUGGCAUCCCAAAUACGACCGCGUCGCCGACAUUUUCUAUCAAAGAGCUAGGCAAUACGCCCAAGCUGAUGAAAUGAAGGAUGAAGGAGAGCAUUUCAUCACGAUACGGCAUGCUCAGGCUUGGGCACUCAUCACUUGCUAUGAAGCUAGAGCCAUGCUUUACACUAGGGCGUCCAUGAGCUCUGCCCGAUGCUGCCGCCUAGUACAAAUGAUGGGUCUUGACAAGCUCGAUAUCUUAAAUGAUAAUGGUCCAACAACCUUGGUCCCUUCAAUCGACUGGACCGAGUUAGAAGAACGGAGAAGGGUCUUCUGGGUGGCUUUCUCAAUCGAUGCUCAGGGAAGUAUAGCAACUGGCUGGCCUAGCCUCAUUCAUACUGAAGACAUUAUGACGCGACUCCCAGCUAGCGAAGAAGCCUUUGCGUCUGGCCAGGAAGAACAAACGCCCUAUUUGGACGAAGCUCUGACAGGCGCGCCUUAUGGCGGCUUCAGUGCUUCGCUCAUCCUUAACCACAUAUUGACGGCCAUCAUGUCCCAUGUCCACCUAAUAAAACCAUCUGAUCACCCUGAAGAUAUUAUGAACGGCACAUUUUGGAAAAGGCAUCGUCGCCUGGAUAAUCAGUUGUCCUGCCUAUUUAUGUUCAUGCCAGACAGGUUCCGCCUUCCUGAUAACCUACGAGACCCUUUGGCUACCUAUAUCAACUUGAACUUUCACGCAUCUGUUAUAUGCUUGCAUCACAUUGCUCUCGAGACUAUCGAGAAGAAUCAACUCGAUGAUUCUUUGAGGAAAGACAGCCUGUGUCUUUUAAAGAAUGCUGCUGAGGAGAUUGUCAGCAUUGUUAAGAUGACGUCUCACCGUUCAUCGUUGUUUAGCAACCCGCUGUGUGCAUUCUCGCUGUACUGUGCUACUACAGUAUACGUGUAUUUGGCCAAACAAGACCCAUUAUCUGAGAUAAAUCCCGCCGACAUGUCCAGCCUAGAGCUGAUCAUUAAUGCCAUGGAAGCCAUGGGACGCAUUCACAUGAUUACAUGUGCAUUCUUACAGCAAGCAUGCCUCGACAUUGAUAACAAUGGUCUCUCUGGAAGCAUCAAGCUCCCAAUUCUCUACCAAUAUCGCAAUCUCUUCGGAGGCCCGGCCUCAAACAUUCCGCUACUAGCACGAAGCCCAAUCUCAAGGCAUACGCAAAUGAGCUCCCCGUUGCCUGGGCGGCUUCCACUAGACAAACCCUUGGGCCAGAGACGGCCAAUGCAUUUGAGAAUGACGAAAUCCGUUCCACUAUUGACUGGUGUAACAGCAAGCAUGAGCCGCAUGGGCAUUACAGACAGCUUCCGGCCUUCUCUUGGGGCCAUAUCCAGGAAUCUAACGCCUCAAUCCACCGACAACGCACACAAAAGAAAGCGGCAAAAUUCGAACUCUCAGCCAUCUUCAAGUCGAAUCGGUGGUUUAGUUGGAACGUCCGCGACCAAUAGACGCACUGAAGACGGAGACUCAACUGGAAGCAAUGCGAUGUAUCUCUCUAUGACAACAAUGGGACAACAGCAAGAAACAAUGGUGAGACCUCAGGACCCCAUGAUGGAUGGGGAUUUUAUGGUCCCUGGUCAGACAGAUUCGCCCUCCUUUUCCUAUAUAUCUCUUGGUCAGCCAGCGGGCAGUCUGUUGGACUCCGGUGGCAGUCAUUCAUUCCCCGGGGCAGAACAGAGCACUUUUUCCGAUCAUAAUGAAGCCGACUUUCAGCGCUUUCAAAACGAUACCCCCUCAGGAUCAUGGCAGCCUAUGGAUAAUGAAGCGUUGACUUUUUCUGAAACGAUGAGCUUUCCUACAGAUGCAGAUAUAAGCGGCAAUCCGUUAGACUUUUUUAACCAUGACUUUACUUGA